AUGCGGGGGAGUGGGGGGCGCGGAAAUGUAGCGGCGGCGUCGCUGAAGCGCCCGCCAGUGGGGCUGGGGGCGGAAGGCGCGCUGGCGGAAGAAGUAGCGGCGGAGGCGGUGGAGGAUCUGCUGGGGGAAGGGGAAUCGGAAGGGGAAGUGGGAGCGAGCGCGGCGGUUGCCGACGCGGCAGGGUCUGAAUCCGACGUGGACCGACCUGUGGUGGAAACGCGCACCUGGCAGUGGUGCGGCCAUUCAAUAAGGUACCAGCAAUCCGGCUCCCAGGGCCCGCCAGUCCUCCUGAUUCACGGAUUCGGCGCCAGCAGCGACCACUGGCGGCACGCGCUGCGAGCGCUGGGCGCAUCGGGGCACCGCGUGUUUGCGAUCGACCUGCUGGGGUACGGGUACUCGGAUAAACCCGCUCCUAGCUACCGGAUUAAGAAGGAGCAGCAGACGGAACAAGAGGAGAAGCGGAAGGACCAGGGGGUCGGAGAGUCGGAGUACACGUUUGAAAACUGGGGGCAGCAGGCCGUUGACUUCAUUGACCAGGUGGUGGGCGAGGAGGCUUUCAUUGUCACCAACUCCGUGGGAGGGGUGGUGGCACUGCAAGCAGCAGCCUCCCACCCAUCCAAAACCCGCGGUCUGCUCCUGCUCAACAUCUCCCUCCGAAACCUCCACAUUCGCAAGCAGCCCUUCUUCGCCCGCCCCUUCGUUUCCCUCCUCCAAUCCACCCUCCGAUCCUCCUCCCUCGGAGAGCAAUUCUUCGCCUCGGUCGCCACGCCACGCGCCGUGCGUAACGUGUUACGCCAGUGUUACGGCGACCCUGCUACAGUAACCGACGAGCUGGUAGAUUUGAUUCUCAAGCCCGGGUUGCAGCCAGGGGCGGUGGAUGUGUUCCUGGAUUUUAUCUGCUACUCGGGCGGCCCGCUGCCAGAGGAUUUGCUACCCAAAGUGCAGCCAGGGGCGGUGGAUGUGUUUCUGGAUUUUAUCUGCUACUCGGGCGGCCCGCUGCCAGAGGAUCUGCUACCCAGAGUGUAG